AUGUCUCCACCGGCCUACAAGCUCCGUGGGCAGAAGGGACCAGGCCCUGGAGAGGAGACAGGAUCCCCUCUGUCCCCUUACCACACGUACCUGCAGCAGCCAAGCUCGGGAGGCGACAGGCAGCUGUGGCCAGGUGAGGUGUACAUGCAUUUCAAAGCUGGGCUCCGGGAACUGACAUCUUUCAGGUGUCUGCACGACCUGCCCUCCUACCCACGACCGUAUGUGCUGUCGAAGCCGGGUGUCAGAAUGUCUCUAGAGCCCAAGAGUAAGCACCACAUCCAGGAGAAUAGCCUCCAGGCCAAGCGGGACACCCAGGGUCCAGAAGGUGUCCAGCCAGCUGUGGCAGCAGAUGAUGCAGCAGAGACGCCCUCCUCACCCUCCAUUUCCGUGUCUGCUUUUGUGUCUGGCUCCAUAGCCCAGGAAGGUUCCGCCAGCCAAGACAAUCAGGGCACAGGCCACUCCCAGGCUGCAGUGCCCCUGUGCAGAGCUGGUGAGCACGUGAUCACCAGGAAGGUCAACAAACUGGGGCAGUUGCUGCUGGAGAAGUGUAAGACCAAGGGGCAGGUCACACAGGCAGUGCUGCUCAAGAUCGUCAGGAGGAAGUACAGGCACCUCUUCUCCAAGAUCUUCAGGAGAACCUCUGAGCUCAUGGAGCUGCUCUUUGGCCGGGAAUUGAAGGAAGCCAAUGGCAGACGUCACGCCUACACCCUGGUCAGCAAGCUGGGCCUCCCUGAUGAUGCAAUUCUGAGCAGCGAUAGUGUGUUGCCCACCACCGGCCUCAUUAUGUUGUUGCUCCGCGUGAUCUUCAUGAAGGGCAACCGUGCCACCGAGGAAGAGGUCUAGGAGUUCCUCAACAUCAUGAGAGUCUAUGUCGGCAGGAGGCACCUCAUCUUUGGGGAGCCCCCGAGGCUCAUCACCAAAGAGCUGGUGCAGCAGAAGUACCUGGAGUACUGCCAGGUGCCCGACCAUGACCCUCCUCACUAUGAGUUCCUGUGGGGUGCCAGGGCCCACACUGAAACCAGUAAGAUGAGGGUGCUCGAGGUUCUGGCCAAGAUCAACAACAGGGUUCUGAGUUCCUUCUCCAACCUGUACAAGGAGGCUUUGAGGGAUGAGAAGGAGUUUUUGGAAGCCAGAGCUGCAGCCAGGGUCACUGCCAGGGCCGUGGCCAAGAAAGCCACCAAGGCUGCUGCUAAACACGCUGCCAGGGUCGCCUCUGCUGCCAAAGUCUCUGAGUCUUUAGGGGCCUAG